GGAGGGGCGAUUCCGUCACGCGUGUUCCGGUCACGCCGCCAAUGAGCGGAACGCGGAGCGAUGGCGGGGGAGGCGGUGACGCUGCAGCUCGGGCACUACGCGGGUUGUGUGGGCGCCCACUGGUGGGGGCUGCAGCGCUGCCCCCCGCCGGACACCGAGCUGAACCAUGCGGUGCUGCUGCGCUCCGGGCGGUCGGGCUGCACGCCGCGUCUCAUCGCGUUGGAGCUCAAAGGCGGUGUGGGCUCAGUGCGGAGCGGCGGGGCCGGCCCGGAGCCGCUGUCGGCCUGGCGGGGGGAUGUGGACAAUUACACGGAACCGGUAACGGGAACAGCGCGGCAGGAGGGAGAUGCUCCAGGUGAUACAGGCAGCAGCUCCGGCGCUUCUGUUCAAGCCCCAGGCAGCAGCACUUGGCUCUGGUCUGAUUAUCUCAGUGUUCAGCUGCACCCCAGGAGCGUUUAUAUCCUCCAGCAAUACAACCACGAUGGGGAUGCUGGUCGUCUAGAAGCCUUUGGGCAAGGAGAAAAGCUCCUGCAAGAUGCUGCCUGCGUGGAGGAGGUGGAAGAUCGCCUGCAUUUCUAUGCUGAGGAGUGCGAUUACCUGCAGGGAUUUCAGGUGCUCUGUGACCUCCACGAUGGAUUCUCUGGAGUUGGUGCCAAAGUGACGGAGCUGCUGCACGAUGAGUAUUCAAGAAAAGGAAUCCUGACCUGGGGCUUGACUCCGGUCACUCAUAAUAAAGGAGAUCCUCAGAAGAACUUCUACAGGGUGCUGAACACGGCCCUCGGCAUCGUGCACCUCUCUGCUCACAGCUCCCUGUUCUGUCCCCUGUCACUCAGCAGCAGUUUAGGAAUCAAACCUCAACCUCCCAUUGCGUUCCCCUACAUAAACUACGACGCAUCUCUCAACUACCACAGCAGUGCAGUUCUGGCAGCAGCACUCGAUACCCUCACGGUUCCAUAUCGCCUCUGUUCCUCUCGAGGCUCCAUGAUGCACCUUGCUGAGAUGCUCAAUUUCUCUGGGAGAAAAGUUGUGGCUGCGUGGGCUGCAGUUCCCUUCCCCGCUGUGCGUGGCCACUCGCUCCCAGAUGUUUUAUGUGCACACCAACAAGACGUGCCCUGGAAGCUUCUGUCCUCGUGUAGGGAGCAAAAGGUCAGCCGCUGUUUUGCUCAGUCUGUUGUGCUAAGAGGAGUUUGCAAAGAAAGCCCCGCCAGCUGCCCAGGACAGCAGCCACCUUCUCCACUCCAUGCCUGUGAGACAGCUGAGCAGGUGCUGCAGUGUUAUUUACACACUGUGUUUCCUGGGGCGUUCAGUGCAUCCCAUGUUCUUAAGGAGCCCUGUGUUACUCUACCUCCAUAUCCCUGCUUUUUUUCUCCUCUUCUGAGCAAACAAGGCUUCCUCCCAGAUGAUCUUUCCAAUUACUCUACAGCAGGUAACGUGGAAAGGUCUAACAAAGCUGUUGAAAGCAUCCCUGUGCUGACAUCGCUGCAGUCCUCGCCAGCUCUGCGCACGCUCCUGAGUGAUCUCUGCAAGGACCUACAAAAGUUGGGCACCCGGCGCUGUGCCAGCUUCUUUGCUGCAGGAGUUGAAGAGGAUGAUUUCCACGAGGCCUUCCAGGAGCUGAAAACUCUGUCACAGUGCUACCAAAUGGGUUUUGAAUCUGGUGACUCUGAGGAUGAAAGCGACUCGGACUGAUGGAGUUUUAUUAUAGGGGGGGGUUCUUAAAGAGUGCUUUCAAAAUAAAGGGAACAGCUCUGAAAAUGG